GCCUGAGCCUGGAGAGGAACCUGUCCUCGCUCCCCGCAGUCCCCGCCCCGCCAGGUGCCCAGUUCCACGAGCGGGCACUGCGGCUCUGGACAGCGGCCUGGGAGGACCGGUGCGGAAUGAAAAUGCAGCUCCUGGGAUUGGUGGUCUGUUUGGUCCUUGGGACCCUGCCUUCUGAGGCGUUCGAAAGCAAGCUGGCAGGUGUGGAUCCUGAAACAAAUAUGAAUGUGAGUGAAAUUAUCGCUCACUGGGGAUACCCUAGUGAGGAACGCUUCAUCGAGACAGAAGACGGAUAUAUUCUUUGCCUUCACCGAAUUCCUCAUGGGAGAAAGAACCAUUCUGCCAAAGGUCCUAAGCCAGUGGUGUUCCUGCAGCAUGGCCUGCUGGCAGAUUCUAGUAACUGGGUCACAAACCUGCCCAAUAGCAGCCUGGGCUUCAUCCUGGCAGACGCCGGUUUCGACGUGUGGCUGGGCAACAGCAGGGGGAACACCUGGUCUCGGAAACACAAGACUCUUUCAGUUUCCCAGAAUGAAUUCUGGACCUUCAGUUAUGAUGAAAUGGCAAAUUAUGACCUGCCAGCUUCGAUUAACUUCAUUCUGAAUAAAACUGGCCAAGAACAAGUGUAUUAUGUGGGUCACUCUCAAGGCACUACGAUAGGUUUUAUAGCAUUUUCACGGAUUCCUGAGCUGGCCAAAAAGGUUAAAAUGUUUUUUGCCCUGGCUCCUGUGGCUUCAGUUUCGUUCUCUACUAGCCCUCUCUGUAAAUUAGGAGGACUUCCAGAAUUUCUCUUGAAGGACAUGUUUGGGGUCAAAGAAUUUUUUCCCCAGAGUACAGUUUUGAAGUGGUUGAGUGUACAUGUUUGCAGUCAUGUCAUUCUGAAGGAGCUCUGUGGAAAUGCCUUUUUUCUUCUCUGCGGAUUUAACGAGAGGAACUUAAACAUGUCCAGAGUGCCCGUCUAUGUGGCACAUUCUCCUGCCGGAACUUCUGUGCAAAACAUUCUGCACUGGGGCCAGCUUAUUAAAUUCCAGAAGUUUCAAGCCUUUGACUGGGGAAGCCAUGCCAGGAAUUAUUUCCAUUACAACCAGACUUACCCUCCCCCUUACAACGUGAAGGACAUGCUGGUGCCCACGGCCGUCUGGAAUGGGGGCCAGGACUCCCUGGCGGACGUCAGCGACAUCAGCAUCUUGCUGCCGCAGAUCACCAACUUGGUGUACAGCAAGCUCGUCCCGGAGUGGGAGCACCUGGACUUCAUCUGGGGCUUGGAUGCCCCUUGGCGGCUUUAUAACGAGGUGGUGGAUCUAAUGAAGAAAUACCCGUGAGAGGCGUGAGGCAUGCUGCAGAAAUGGACCGUCACGUUGGGUGAUCAGCCACGUUCAAGUGUGUGUGCUCUCUUACUCUAAAAUAGCUGUUUGUCUUUCCCAGGCUGUUUGCAUUUUUGUCUCUGAUCAAAUUAUGAUUGACAUUGUUCAAGUGCCUCCAGGAUUAGAAAUUGCACUUUUUUCGUUUAAUCAUGGCCUAGUCGAGGCUAGUGUCUCAGAAGAUAGUGCGGCCUCUUGAAGACUUUUUAAAAAAUACCACUGACUUGUAAAAGAUCUUAACCAUUCUGGAUAUCCUUACAGUUUAAAAUACACAAUGUUGCCUUCUUAUGGUCACACAGGACACGCCAAGUAGGUGUUGGGAGUUUUUAGACUGUGUGGUCCGUUGGUAAAUACCCUGACACCGAUUUGAAAAAGCUCUGCAUGCACUCAGUUUUUACCUCUUUGCCUUAAAGGGCUCUUCAGUCCAGUGGCUUUGUGGUCACUAGGGAGCUAAAUGACAAGUACUCCCACCCUCAUGCAGUAGGCGCACAGUCUAAUCCUGUGACACCCCAGCUGGGCCAGUUGCGAAGAUUCUCUAAUGAAUUUCAUCAAACCUAGCUGUGAUAGUCAUUAUUUAGCAAAUGUUUAAAUUGCUCAGAUCAAGCCAAAUAAUUUGCUGGAAUCUUCAGAAAAUAAAUGAUAUUCAUUAAAAAAAACCCAAAAACCCCAGCCCUCUAUUUUAAAUAGCUCGAAGACUGAUGCAGGUGACCAUCUAUAUUCGUGAACUCGUAAUUGUGUGGUGGGCCGUAAAUCCACGUGUGUGAGAAGACAAGUCCUGUGGGGAGACAGUACCACUCUUUUCUGCGAAAUCAAUGCAUUCUCUUGGGCAGCCCCUGGGCUUCUGCUUCCCACGCAGGAGCACCGAGCUACAGCAGCUAAGAGUGUCCUACUCAUUUUCACACGAAAGAAAUGUGAGCGUGAAUGUUUUAAGACAAAUGCUCAGGGAUUCUUUCUGUUUUUUAGUUUUGCACAUGACCAUAUUUUCAAUACUCCUGAUUUGCGUUCCUAGCUCCGGAAGCCCUUAUUCACCUGCUUUUCUUGCUGCACGGUGUCCUUGCAAUACUGACAGAUGGACGGAAUGACAAUUGAGAUGUUUUUCUGAUACGGCUCUUUUAGCUGCGAUAAUAGACAAUACUUGGAACUGGCUAAUGUAUGCAGACAGUGUGAUAACUACUUUGUAAUACUUAAAAAGGCUUAUUUGAACUUUUCAAUAAAACUCAGUAGCCUCCUAGCCGGAA